UUCAGUCAGUUUAAAGAAAAAUAAAUAAUUGUAAAUAAUCAAAUAGAUUUUUUAUUAAUUAUUUAUUAAUUAUCGUGUACAUUAAAGUGAACACUCGAAAUAUAUUUUUUUGCAAAUAAUAAAUUAGUUUUAAUUAACAAAAGAAGGAAAUAAAAAUUGUUUCUAUUGUUGAUGUCAAACUUGACUAACCAAAACAAAUUUUAUAAUUUAUUUUCCAUCAAGUUUGUUUAAUUAUUAAAUUAAAAAACAAAAUGACGACAAAUAUGGGUCGUUUUAAAAUACCUGAAGAUAUUCCAGAAGAGCAUCGUUCUGGUGUUAUUGAAACGAUGAAUAAAAUGGAGGAACACAUUGAAGGAUCACAUGGCAGCUACAAUUGGACCAUUGAUGACUUUGAAAUUGGUGCACCACUAGGUCGUGGUAAAUUUGGACGUGUUUAUUUGGCACGUGAAAAAACAACUCAGUACAUGGUAGCCCUGAAGACUUUGUACAAAGGUGAAUUAGUUAAAGCUCGAGUUGAAAAACAAGCACUUCGUGAAAUUGAAAUUCAAUCACAUUUACGACAUCCAAAUAUUCUUCAGUUGUUAACAUAUUUUCAUAAUGAAACAAAAAUUUUUUUGGUUGUUGAAUUUGCUGCAAGAGGUGAAUUAUACAAAGAAAUGAAACGUCAUCCUCAUGAACGAUUCAACGAGCAUUUAUCAGCCAAGUACACUUAUCAAGUUGCUGAUGCUCUCAUGUAUUGUCACAAAAACAAUGUCAUUCAUAGAGACAUCAAACCAGAAAAUUUGCUUCUUGAUUUAAAUGGAAAUAUUAAACUUGCUGAUUUUGGUUGGUCUGUUCAUGCACCAUCCUCAAAACGAAAUACACUUUGUGGUACCCUUGAUUAUUUACCACCAGAAAUGGUUAAAGGUCAAACUUAUGAUGUUUAUGUUGAUCACUGGUGUUUGGGAGUAUUGUGUUAUGAAUUUUUAGUUGGAAGACCACCAUUUCUCAGUGAAUCACAGCAACAAACUUAUUCAAAAAUUACACAUAUUGAUCCACAUUUGCCUGAUUUUCUUAGUCUUGGUGCUAAAGAUUUAAUUUCAAAGCUUAUUAAAAAAAGAAGUCAUGAAAGAUUACACUUGUCUGCUGUUAAAAAACAUCCAUGGAUUGUUGCCAAUAAAGAUAAUCCACCAAAAACAACACCCAUGGUCGUUGACCAAAAUAAAUAAUUUAACUUUUGAUUUUGUUUAAAAUAUAAUUUAUAAUUAAUUAGUAAAUAAAUUAUCAAUAGGAUAUUUAUACUCAAUUGCACUAAUUUUUUUAAAA